UCUCUCUCUUUCUCUUUUUGUCCCUUAAAAUAAAAAAAAAAAAAAUUACGACAGGGUCUUCUUCAUCAGCAUCAAAAAUAUUUCAAACAAGGAAAAAAGAAACAGAGAGAAAUCUUUAUGCAUAUAAGAUCAUUUUUGUGUCUUGUAGCUUCUUAUCGCGAGUCCAUUGAGCCUGCACGAAGCUUUUCAGUUGGAAAUAAUUAAUUUAGAGUUUAUUUUUGUACGUCUUGGUGCAGAUAUUUAGAAUAAACAAGCUAAUUCAAUGGAGUUCACAACGGCGUCGUGGUCCUCCGAACUGGGACUGGAAAAUUCAAGUUUCGAGGAUCGAUACGAGUUCGUGGACGAGUUUGAUGAAGAUUUGGCUGCUUUUCUUGGAGAAGAGACUCCCAACAUUUUGUACCCAGAAAGUAAUCCAUCUUCUUCAUCUGUUAUUUCCAGAAGCAGCCCGACCACUGAUUUGUGCCCUUCCUCGUACCCCGAACCUAAACAAAUGGCCAUUGAACCACCAUCCAAACAGAAAAAGCCUAACGAUCACCACUUGCGGAUGCCUACUUUUCACUCCACUUCUUCCACUCCAAUUAUUCUGAAUUUUAGCAAUGUGAAUUCACCUCAAAGUCCUCAGCAAGUGAACCUAAGGUCCUCGAAUCAAGAAGAAAAGCAAGCAGUUACUGAAACUUUUAGAAAUUCUCUCGAGGCUAGAAAAACCGCACGAACAACUAAGAAAACCAGUCGUGUUAGGCCGCCAUCUCAGACAUAUGAUCACAUAAUUGCAGAAAGAAAGCGGCGUGAGCAGCUCAGCCAGUUAUUUGUUGCUCUUUCAACAAUAGUUCCUGGCCUCAAGAAGAUGGACAGAACCUCUAUACUUGGAGAUGCUAUCAAGUAUCUGAAAAACCUUCAAGAUAGAGUGAACAGUCUCGAGGAUCAAGUAACAAAACAAACCGUAGAAUCCGUGAUUCCCAUCAAGAGAUCUGAGAUUUUAGUUGACAAUGAGGGAUCUAUAUAUGAGAAGAACAGCUUCGACGAGCAGAUAUUGCCAGAAAUAGAAGCUGAAGUGUGCGAAAACCUCAUUCAUCUGAGGAUCCACAUUAAGAAGCACAAAGGGUACCUGCUCAGAAUAAUAGGUGAAAUAGAGAAGCUCAAUCUCACUAUAGACUAUACUAAUGUCACUCCAUUUGGAAAUUUUGCCCUUGACAUUUCCAUUACCGCACAGCUAGAGAAAGACUCUGGACAGACUCUGAAAGAAAUUGUACGAACUCUUGGUUCCAUCUUUCAGCAUACGCCAUAGCCGGUGAAAAGUAUUCCCAAUAAGAAACAUCGGUGAUGUAACAGUCAACGUGAAAUAAUGGGAUUUGACAGUUCAAUUUUUAUAAGAGAGAGGGGGAGGAGACAUGGUCUCUAGAGAGAAAUGUGAGGAAUAAUAGAUUGUCACAUCACCGAUGUUCUAUUAUUAUGAUGAUAAAUAGCAUUAUUCUUAGACAAUAUUUGAAGCAUUAUUAAUGGAUGAAGAUAAAUAAAGAAAAGAAAUGGAGAUAUUUAAUGAUCAA